GGGGAUGCUAUUUGGGGUACCAUUUCUGGAAAGCCUUCCUUGACCUCCCCAGUUGCGUGAGGUGUCCCCUCUGUGCCCACAGCCCUCUGUGCUUCCCCCUGGUAGCACUCCCCAUUCUGUGAUGAACUGUUGUGUUGAUGUGUCUGUUCCCCACACUGGACUGUGAACUCCACAGGGACCCAGCCUGUGUCAUCUAUCUGAUCCUCCAAACUUGCCCAGGAUGUUGCCGACCCAGAGUAGAAAUAACUAGGUGAAUGAGAGAGAGAAUUAAUCAGCACAGAACCUGUGCAUAUUGUAACCCAGUUUUGGUACUGGUUUCCUUUGUGUCUCAGAUGAUAAUGAGAAGUUUUUUAAUUAAUAAAAAUGUCAUUAACUAUUGAACGUCAGAAGCCCUGUCUUCACAACCACUCCUACCCUGAGUUGGCACUGGUUCUGGGAGGAAACUCUCCAGGCUGGACCCCAUUCCUGCUUCCAUCCCUGAGGCUACUUGCCCCUCUAACCUGCUAUGGCCCCCUGGCAGUGCUGUUAUGUAAACCUGGGAGGGUGGGAAAAAGGCAGCCAGGCAGCUGUCAUCCUCUCCUUCCCAUUCAGGUCAUACAGUACUUUAGGUUCUUGUCACAUAGAGGUGCCAAAAGCUUGGAUGAUGACUUAACCAUUUGUUUUACUGAUACAGUUCUCCCAAGAGUUAGAAGCUUCAGUAACUCCUCUGAUAUCUAGGUCUAUACUCCACUUAUCCACUCUACUACUUGACUAGCCAGUUCAUACAUUGACAUACUUUCUAAUCUUCCCUCUCCCCUUCUAUUUCUCCUCAGCAUUUAGCACAAAUAUGAUACAUUAAUUACUGAUAUGAUUAUUGUCUGCUUUAAUGUAUAAAUUCUGAGAGUACAAGAAACAUGUCAGUCACCAUUAUUCCCCUGUUGAUUAAUAAUAUUAAUGAAGGGCUGGGGAUUUAGCUCAGUGUUUCCGCUUCCUGCCUCGCAGGCACACAGUCCCAAGUUUGAUCCCCAGUACCAAAAAUAUAAUAAUAAUAAUGUCAGUGAACAAACUGAAGGAUGCAAAUAUUAAUGCUGUUUUUCAGAUUGAGAAACAGAAACUCAUAGAAAUUAAAUAUUUGCAAAAAUGACUCACGCUAUAGGUAUUAGGCCAAAAAAAAGGGUCAUCCUUAUAUAUUUUGAGGAAGAGGGGAGGGUGGACAGAGUCUCACCAAAUAGUUCAAGCUGUCCUUGAACUCACUAUGUAGCCCAGGCUCAUAUUCAUUCUCCUCCUUCAGCCUCCCAGGUGCUGGGACUACAGGCAUGUGCCACAAUGCCUGGCACUUUGGGGGAAUUUUAAGAGCCACAGAGAUAAAACACACUGACAGAGUAUUCUGAUUGUGCCCCACUUUUUUGCUCAGGUUGGGGGUGGAGUCUGGAUUCAAGUAGCAGGCUUUUGUACCCUGGUGAAAUGUACCUGGUGACGGGGGAAGGUUAGUCAUUACUCUGCCCACAGGCAUGCCUUUUGUGAGGAUGUCUUACUCCUAUCCGUACUCAUCCCCAUCUUAUAGGCAGAGAGUAGGUAAGGAAAGUGAAACUCAGUGUCAUAUGUAGUCCAGAAUCCAAAGGCAGCAAAAAAGACCGCUUCAGGCUGUAUGUGAUAAUGCACACUUGUAAGCCCAGCCCUUCUAAAGCAAGAAGCUCUUGAGUUCAAGGGCAGCCUGGACUACAUAGCAAGAUCCUGUCUCCAAAAAAGAACUGCUUCCACUCCACAGACUUGUUAUAAGGUCCCAAUUUACAUAAUUUACAUGUUUUAUUUCUGCUUUUAUCUUAAUCUGAGCCUGUAUUUUAAAAAUCAGAAGGUUUCCCACAAAUCUGGGUUUUUUGCCUCUUUAAUCUAAAGAUCUGGUGAUACCAGGUUCACUUCUUCACAGAGUAGUAGUCGCAGGGCAGGGGAUUUAGCUCAGUGGCACCGUUCCUGGCUUGCAAAAGCAAGGUCCUGAGUUCCAUCCCCAGUACCAGAAAAAAAAAAUCCUGAUCACAGAGUAGUAGUCCUAAGUAACACCUGCCUGUUUUUUAGGUACUGUGUUCUCUUUAGGACUCUGUGGUUCUCAUUAGGCUUCUUCACUUGUUUGCAUAAUCUGUAUACAUUUAAAUGCAGGACCUCAAGGUGAAUUGGGAUCCCAAAAGUCCUUCCAGUUGCUUCAGGUCAGUAAACCACAUAGAUGUAUUCACUAAGAACCCAAAUCCUCUUUUACUUCAGGAGAAGACUAAAACAGGUACUGCCUUCUUAGCAAAGAAAAAAAAGCCACACAAACCUUAAAAGCAGUUGGAGGGAGACAAUGGGGAAUAGUGGAAUAGUGUUUACUGCCGAAUUGAACUCCCAGCUCUGCCUUGUGCUUUGUGACACUGAGCCCCUUUCUUCCCCUUUGAGCCUCAUCAACAACCUCACAAGAGAAUGUGAAGAAACUUGCACAGUAGCUAGUACAUAGAGGCUCCCCCAAAUGGCAGGAGCUGGCCAGGUAGCUAGACAAAGCCUGAGUGUCCUCGCCAGCUAACUCUACUAGCUGCCUUUGAGCUCUCUUGGACUGUUCAGUUGGUAAUCCAGGUGCACAUUCAGCUCCCAGGUGACUUGCUACAAUGUAGUAAACCAGCAGUUAAGAGUAGGGGAGAUGAGCUCAUCCUACCCUUCCCUACCUCCUAUUCCCCUCUACCUCUGAUCUCUCUACAGUGCCCUCUGGGACUCUGCACAGUUUAGUUUAAAACAACUCUUGAGAUCCAGUUCUCCCACUUGUCAGAGUAAACCUGCUCCCUUGAGGAAUUGGCGCAGAUGAUCAGUCCAUAUCUUUAUUAAAACCAUCUCAUUACCAUUAUGUGUAAUUUACUCAGCAAGUUUCAAAAUAACCUGUACUGGGGCCUUUAUUUAGAGUGCGCAGAAGGAUGAGAUAGUUCCUAUCCUCAGUGACCUCCCACUUAGAAUCCCUGCCCACAUCGCUUCCAUAACCAGUAGGAGUAAGUGACGCUAAGAAGACAGCCUUACCACCUAUAGUUCUUGUUUAUAAGCCAGUAGAGACUUGCUGUAUAAAAAUGCCAACAGCCUUUGAAGAUAAAGACUUACUCAUUCAGGGUUUUAAAUUUUUAAUUUCCUUAAAAUGUCCCAGAGCUAUAAGCUUAAAGUCUGAUAUCAGAUGAAUGAUUAAGAUCAUAACAUCUUUGCUUACUACACCUAGAAUUUUGAAGAGUAAGGACUGUUUAAAUUCAUCUUAUAUUGUACAUGGUCUUUAUGUGCCUAAUACAUAGCUGUUAUACCAUAAUUUAAAAGUCAGGUUUCAGCUGGACAUAGUGGUGCACACCUGAAAUCCCAGUACUCUCAGAAGGCUGAAGCAGGAGGCCCACUUGAGCUCAAAGAUUUGAGGCCAGGCUGUACAAUAUACUGAGGCUCUGUCUCAAAAACAACAACAAAAAACCCCAGGUUUCUACCACUGUGGUUCUUACUUGCCCUACCCUCUUGCUGGGACAGGCUGGAUUUGAGGCCAGGCUGUGCAAUAUACUGAGGCUCUGUCUCAAAAACAACAAAAAAUCCCAGGUUUCUACCACUGUGGUUCUUACCUGCCCUACCCUCUUGGUGGGACAGGCUGACAUCACUCUUUCAUUUAAGUCAGCCAUAGCACACCGCUUGGAAUUCUGUAAACAUGAACCAACCCUUGUUCUAUGUCAGGCCCUGAUCUAGCUGCAAAGGCAGAAGUGAAUGUGACAUGGUUCUUGCCUACAAGGAGCUCAUGGUCUAGAGAAUGUAUAUAAUAAUUGCAGUAAUGCUAGGAGAAACUGUAGUGUUGGCUUUCUCUGAGUAAAGGUUCAAAUCCUACAUCCUAGUAAGUGGUCUUUGAAAUGUUUCAUCUUCUUGGUUUUUUGUGUGUAAAAUGACAGCUCACUCAGUUAAUGUUAGGGCCCAGCAAGUACUGCCUGUUAAGCACUUAGCAUAAGCUAUAGCUCUGAUUAUUAUAGGUGGUUGGUGGUGAGGAUGCCCAAGACAUGAAGAAUUAGGUCAAAGAAGGCUCAUGAAACCUAGUCUUCCAGGUUAGGCAGAAGUUCUCCAAAAAGUAAGAUGGAAAAAAUAUGUCUAAAGAUAGAAAACGGUGUAUAAGAAAUCAUAGGUAAGCACUGCCCAUUUCAUUUUUAGAGAGGAGAGAUCAGGAUGCAGAAGUUAUCAGGGCUCUUGUUUCACUACACCAACUAGUUGAGGCAGUGAGGAAUCAAUGAAAAGUUUUUAGUAGGAAGGUGAACAUGCUGUGCCUCAGUAAAUCCUCUGUGACAGCAUGUGAAGAAGUAACUUGCAGUAGGAGAGGCAGUUGCUAUUGCUUGAUUCCACUGCUCCCUUGAGCCAGCAUAACUAAUCCUCAGAUUCCCUAUGCUUUGCUGGACCCUAUCCCAGACUUACAGAACCAGUCUCCAGGCCAGGAAUGAAGGAAUCUAUUGUUGGAUUGUGCCAGGUGAUUCUGAGUGUGGCUGGGUCUGGGAAUUGAGGAAUUGAGGAAGCCUAGGGUUUUGUUCAAAGAGUGGGGGUCCCUAGGGAGGAGCUUUUCGAUAAGCAGGAAUAGAAACAAUUUUGGUUUUUAAAAAUAAACCUCCCCUCAUUUCUCAGUUGUUGCCCUAUUAAUGAUAAUCAGUUGCCUGUCAGAAUGCUUACCCAUGCCUACUAUAAGCUGUGGCCUCUGCUAAAAGAUUGAAAUACAGUAACUCUUGAGACACAGGCUCUGCCCUUGAAAAGUUCACAGCAUUGUGAAGACAGAUUUCUACUACUAGAAUAUAUGUGAUCAGCUCUAUUCUAGAGAGAUGUAAAAAAGCAUUAGGUCAUCCCAGGGAAAAGCCCAAUUCAUUCUGCCUGUGGACUUAGGAAGAUGUAACACCCAAACUGAGCCUCACAAGAAGAGAGAGAAGAGGUAGAGGGAAUAGCAGGCAUGAAGGUGUGAUUGCAUUAUGUGUUUGGGGAAAGGAAUGUUUUAAUAAUCUUUUGUGGCAGGAUGUGCAGAAGCAGAAAAGGACUGAAGAGAGUCAUACUUGUGUCCUGGGAAGGGCCUGUGUCUGUGCCAUUCAGUUCUGUGCCCAUACUGCCACCUUUAUCCUUCAAAUUCUAGGUGCUUCCAGCUAAAUAACUACAUGCUUAUUCAUUCUGGAGCAGAACAUGGUAGAGACCCGUAAUCCAUCUCCCCUUCAUUCCCUACUCAAGACUCUUAACUCUGUGAUUUCCUCCUUUGUUCUGAAAUGAAUGGACUCUCCACUUUGAAAAGUGAUGUGGUAAAAUUAAGGAAGAAACAAGGGGCCAGAGGGGUUGCAAACACUGAAGGUUCUUAUUAGGAAAUUAGAGCUAUGUUAUAUGACAUGGACUCAGGGGUUCAAAGAGGCCUUGAAGGUCACUUUUCUUGUCCUCUGUCCUGUACUUCGAGUAAUAAAUUUGGUUUGGGCAAGUCUCACUUAGUAAGUUUCCCUAUCAUUUCUUCCAGGGCAGAAGAGGAAAGAAACUAACGGGUAUUGAGCACCUACUGUGUGCCAGGCCCAGGCCAGGUUCCCCUCACCUCCAGCCAGUCUGUACAGACUUGCUGCCUGCUAUGUCACCGGGAACGCAAAGGCUGGGAAGAAGGCCCUUCACAAAACGGACUGGUGUUGCAGGGUGAAAAGCUACCCCCUGACUUCAUGCCAAAGCUCGUCAAGAAUCUCCUAGGCGAGAUGCCUCUAUGGGUCUGCCAGAGUUGCCGAAAGAGCAUGGAGGAAGAUGAAAGGCAGACAGGUCAAGAACAUGCAGUGGCGAUCUCCUUGUCACACACAUCCUGUAAAUCACAGUCUUGUGGGGGUGACUCUCAUUCCUCUUCGUCUUCCUCUUCAUCAUCCUCAUCAUCCUCCUCCUCCUCCUGCCAUGGGAACUCAGGGGACUGGGAUCCCAGCUCAUUCCUGUCAGCACAUAAGCUCUCAGGCCUCUGGAACUCCCCACACUCCAGUGGGGCCUUGCCCGGCAGCUCGAUUGGGAGCCCUCCUGCCAUCCCCGGUGAGGCUUUCCCCAUCUCGGAGCACCACCAGCACUCAGACCUCACUGCUCCCCCUAACAGCCCCACUGGCCACCACCCCCAGCCAGCAUCUCUGAUCCCUUCUCACCCUGGCUCCUUCAGCUCACCACCCCACCCACACCUGAUGCCUACCACCCCAGCAGCACCUUUCCCUACCCAGGCUUCAGAAUGCCCUGUGGGUGCUGCUGCCACUGCUCCUCACCCCCCAGGGACAUGUCAGAGCCCCCGCCUGCCCUCCACCAGCAUGCCGCUCCUGAAGAUGCCUCCACCAUUCUCAGGAUGCAGCCACCCCUGCAGCGGGCACUGCAGUGGGCACUGCAGCGGGCCUCUCCUCCCGCCACCGAGCUCUCAGCCACUCCCUAGCACUCACAGGGACCCCGGGUGCAAGGGGCACAAGUUUGCACACAGUGGCCUGGCCUGCCAGCUGCCCCAGCCCUGCGAGGCAGAUGAGGGGCUGGGCGAGGAAGAGGAUAGCAGCUCUGAGCGAAGCUCCUGCACCUCAUCCUCCACCCACCAGAGAGACGGAAAGUUCUGUGACUGCUGCUACUGUGAGUUCUUCGGCCACAAUGCGCCACCCGCUGCCCCGACGAGUCGGAAUUAUACUGAGAUCCGGGAGAAGCUCCGCUCAAGGCUGACCAGGCGGAAAGAGGAGCUGCCCAUGAAGGGGGGCACCCUGGGCGGGAUCCCUGGGGAGCCCGCCGUGGACCACCGAGAUGUGGAUGAGCUGCUGGAAUUCAUCAACAGCACGGAGCCCAAAGUCCCCAACAGCGCCAGGGCCGCCAAGCGGGCCCGGCACAAGCUGAAAAAGAAGGAAAAAGAGAAAUUGGCAGCAGAAGCUCUGAAGCAGGGGAAUCGUGUUUCUGGAAGCCAAGAGCCAAGGCCUGCCAGGGAAAGGCUAUUGGAGUGGCCUGACCGAGAACUGGAUCGGGUUAACAGCUUCCUGAGCAGCCGUCUGCAAGAGAUCAAGAAUACUGUCAAGGACUCUAUCCGUGCCAGCUUCAGCGUGUGUGAGCUCAGCAUGGACAGCAAUGGCUUCUCUAAGGAGGUAGCUGCCAAGCCUGAGCCCCAGACUCUACCCCCCUCAAACCUCAAUGGCUCCUCAGAGCAACGGCCUGACAUCAACCUUGACCUGUCCCCUUUGACUUUGGGCUCCUCCCAGAGCCACACAUUACAAGCUGCAGGCGAGCCAGCCCCACCAUGGGCAGAAAUGAGCGGCCCCCACCCACCAUGGACAGAGGUGAGGGGCCCCCCUCCUGGUAUCAUCCCUGAGAAUGGGCUAGUGAGGAGACUCAACACUGUGCCCAACCUGUCCCGGGUAAUUUGGGUCAAGACACCCAAGCCAGGCAACCCUAGCUCUGAGGAGCCAAGUCCAAAGGAGGUCCCAAGUUGCAAGCAGGAGCUCCCUGAGCCUAUGGCCACAGGUGGAAAGCCACGGAAGGGCAAAAGACAGGGCAGUCAGGCCAAGAAGAGUGAGGCAAGCCUGGCCCCCCAACCCCCAGCCAGCAUAGAGGCCCCCAGUACCAAGAGCCAGAUGUCUGGUCCCAAGCAGCCAGCCAAGGGCCCAGAGCCUCCCAAAGUGGGCAGCUGCACUGAAGCUGAAGAGGGUAGCCGGGGAAGCCAGCCAGGACCAGGUUGGGCUGAUAGCCCCAAAACUGAGAAGGAGAAGGGCAGCUCCUGGAGGAACUGGCCAGCUGAGGCCAAAGUACGACCUCCAGAGCAGGAGUCUGUGCAGCCCCCAGGCCCAUCAAGGCCACAGAGCUUGCCCCAGGGCAAGGGCCGCAGUCGCCGGAGCCGAAACAAGCAGGAGAAAUCAGCCUCCUCGUUGGACGAUGUGUUCCUGCCCAAGGACAUGGAUGGGGUGGAGAUGGAUGAAACUGACCGCGAGGUGGAGUACUUCAAGAGGUUCUGUUUGGAUUCUGCAAAGCAAACUCGUCAGAAAGUUGCUGUGAACUGGACCAACUUCAGCCUCAAGAAAACCACUCCCAGCACUGCCCAGUAAGGGCAAGCUUCUUCAGGGCAUCCUGAGGCCCCAACUGCCAGCUGAAGGUCUAUAGUUUCUCCCUCCGUAUGCCCUGCCCACCUGCCCUGACCCUUGCUGCUCCUUCCAUCCUGGACCAACCAAAAGCUGAAUGGAUGCCACGCUGUGCAGGGGUGCCUCAGGACCUCUGCUGAGCUGCUUCCUGGUGCUACGCAGCCUCCAUACUCAGAGACUGGGCUGGCCUAUGGGCCAGGGGCUGAUGGUACUGCUGGCCCAACAUUGCUCUCUUUGUGUUCAGUUUUAUUGUUGUUGUUUUUUUUCAAUUCUUUACUUUUGAUACUGUGAAGAUCUUUCAUGCUGAAAGAUAAAGCAACAUUUGGACACAGAG